AUGGACGCACAUGGAGUUCUUCGUCAAACACGUGGUCAACAACAGAAAAAUUGCACGCAUCUUUUGCAGUACGCGGAAUCCCGGAAGUUUCGGUCACAAAUAACAGGCCAUAAUUUACCAGAAGGGAACUUCAGUACUUCGACAAGUAAGGACAGCUCCAUACUACCCAUCAUCCAACGGUCUGGCAGAAGCAGCAGUCCGAACUUUGAUGUCAGCUUACAGCUACACUGGAUACCAAAUUGUCCUGAUUCCAAAUUCAUUACAGGAACACGCCUGAUGCAACGACAGGGAUUGUUUGGCAAGCAGAAAUUGCGUUUAAUUGGUAACUCGUCAUUGCCUCGUGGGAAAGUCAACAGGCCGCUCAUGAGAAACAUUGAAGAUGGAGCCAAGAUACUCCGACGUCAAGGUGGCCCUCCCUGGUCCCCUUGUCCAAUUUCAAACACAAGUCUCCCCAUAGCCCACAUUGCUCAGAACCUGCUGCCAGUAAUGAACAAGCAGCUGAAGGUGAAGAGAAUGUGGAGCGGGGAAAUUGGUCCUCAAAGUCUGACUACUUGCUCUCGACGAUCGGCUGUGCAGUGGGUCUGGGCAACAUCUGGAGAUUCCCUUACCUGGCUUACAAAAACGGAGGAGGAAUAUGAUGGUUCUGAACUAUGGUUAACUGCUUUUACAAGAUUUGCACAUCUCAGCAUGAAUAACUACUGCACGAUUGCUGCUCAUAGGUACUUAUGGACAGUGACAAAAACUUCUACCUGUGAGCCAUAUCCACUGGGCACCCAUUGGUUCAAAUUGGUUCACCAGGCUAUCAACGACUCAGAAUUUGCCCCCAGCAAUUCGUCAUGUGUGGGCAUAAAUAUGGUAAUACAAGGAUCAAUCCUAAGCAUUUCCUACUCCUGCAUUGUCGCCUACAGUCUGUACUACCUGUUUGCUUCCUUCCAAUCACCCCUGCCGUGGUCAGACUGCUUCAGUUGGUGGGGAGCAGAUGAAACAUGCAGCAGGACUCCCAAAGAUCCACUCUGUAAUCUCACUCUGGAUGAUGGAUAUUUUAAAAUCGUUAGUACAACAUGGCUACAGGCAAAAAACAAAAUUUGUCCAAAUGGAUCAGAAAUCUCCGUUCCUUUUGAGACUCCAAGUGUGCAAUACUGGAAUAAAGUGGUUUUACAGCGUUCCAGUUCAAUUGAAGAGACUGGAAACAUAGUCUGGUAUUUAGCUCUCUGUCUGCUUCUGACCUGGCUGAUAGUUGUAGGAGCCUUAUCAAAAGGAAUCAAAUCUUCAGGAAAGGUGGUUUAUUUCACUGUGACGUUCCCUUACCUGUUUCUGACCAUACUCCUGAUCCAAGGACUUACUCUGGAAGGAGCCUAUAAAGGAAUUGACUUCUACAUCGGAAGCCAAUCAGACUUUUCCAAACUGGCUGACGCAGGGGUCUGGAAAGAUGCUGCAGUGCAAAUUUUCUAUUCUUGUUCAGUGGGUUCUGGCUUCUUAAUAACACUGUCUUCGUACAACAAAUUCCACAACGACUGUUACCGAGAUACCAUCAUUGUCUGCAUCAUUAAUUGUGCUACAAGUUUGCUUGCUGGGUUUGUCAUCUUCUCCACUCUUGGGCACAUAGCUCAUGUCCAAAACAAGACUUUAGCAGAGAUAGCGCAGUCAGAUUACGGUUUGGUUUUCACUGUCUAUCCAGAGGCUGUUUCACAGUUGCCAUGGGCACCUUUAUGGUCCAUUUUAUUUUUCAUCACACUGCUCCUGAUGGGAAUCGACAGUCUGUUUGCAUUUGUAGAAAAAAUCCUAACAUGUAUGAUGGACAGGUUUCCGAAAUACCUACGACCAAAGCGUUUUAGUCUAACAAUUGGCAUUUGCAUGUUAGUUUAUUUGCUUGGCCUUGUGAGUGUAACAGAGGCUGGAAUUUACUGGAUAAACUUAAUUGAUCAUUUCAGUAUUGGAUGGGUCCCCAUUAUAACAACACUGCAGGAACUCAUCGCUGUAAGCAGUGUUUAUGGAGUAAAUAGAUUCAUCAAGGACAUUGAGAUGAUGAUUGGGGCAAGGUCUUGGUACUUCUGGCUGUGGUGGAAACUCUGUUGGUUUUUUAUCUCUCCAUUCGCACUAACAAUAACGUUCUUCUGGUCCUUAAUGACGUUUAUCCCGCCAAAAUACGAAUCUGUUCAAUAUCCUGUCUGGGCGAUUGCACUUGGCUGGUGUCUGAUCAUUCUCUCUGUUAUAUGGGUCCCCAUUGUGGCUGUAGUGACAAUUAUUAAAGCUAAUGGCUCCACCUUGUACCAGAAAUUUUCUGCCGCUUGCGCAUCAAGCCCUGACUGGGGUCCGUACUUGGAACAACACCGAGGGGAACGGUACAGAAAAAGACCCGUUUUGUCAGAAGCCCAGAUCAGCGUGGAAAGUGUCACUUUGUGAAAUUUUAAAGGAAAACGUAUUCUUAAUUUGUGAUCAUUUGUAAAACCCACUUCUAUUCUGAAGCGCGUUCAUUGUAAUUUCAAUGGCAAUUUCCAAUGCAGCCAGUA